GCUGAAACAUUUACUUCUUAUUAUACAAAGAAGAAGAGGUCAUACACAGCACAACCCCUUUCCCAUUUCACCUUCCUUUCCCAACCAUUUAUAUAGAUUACUCCAAUGGUCUUUUCUCUUUCCAAUUGGAUACAGAUUCCGAACUGAGAACACAUAUCUCAAUCCCCCUUUGUUCUUGUUGAUUUUUGUUAUUUUCAGUGGUUUUUCAAGGACUCCGAGAUACAAAGUCUUGUGGGUCUUCCUGGGUUUUUGUUUUUUCUACAGAACUUUCUCAGUUUCUUGCAGAAAAACGCUUGCUUUACCCAGUAAUAGAUAUUGGGUAUAAAGGUUGCAGAGAAUAAUCGUAGUUUCUAUUUUCUCUUCCUUUUUUUUCUGGGUAAAAUUUUCUCAGGGAAUUGUAUUUUUUGCUCUUUUUCCUUCAUUUCCUUUGGAAUUUCUCGUUGGGAACUAAGGAAAAGAGUGAAAUAGAGACAUGGGAAAGCAGGGACCUUGCCAUCACUGUGGUGUCGCAAGCACUCCUCUUUGGCGUAAUGGGCCCCCAGAGAAGCCAGUAUUGUGUAAUGCUUGUGGAUCGCGGUGGAGAACAAAAGGAACACUUGUGAACUACACCCCUUUACAUGCCAGGGCAGAACCUGAUGAAUUUGAGGAUUACAAGUUUUCGAAAGUGAGGAGCAUAUCUAUUAACAACAAAGAAGCUAAGGUGCUAAAAAGAAAACAAAACCAUAACAAUGCAGUAGUUGGAGUGGUUGACCCAGAAUAUACUCACGGUUUCCGGAAGGGUCUAGAUGAAGAUACCAGUAACCGGUCAAGUUCUGGCUCUGCUAUAUCUAACUCUGAUAGCUGUGUACUGUUUGGUAGCGCUGAUGCAAGUGAUUUGACAGAUCCAGCUCAUUCCGUUGUAUGGGACACUAUGGUACCAUCAAGAAAGAGGACAUGUGUCGGUCGUCCAAAGCCGUCUUCGGUGGAGAAGCUUACUAAAGAUUUAUGCACGAUCUUACAUGAACAAAGGUCCUCUCACUUCUCUGUAUCUUCUGAAGAGGAUUUGCUUUUUGAGAGCGACACACCUAUGGUCUCUGUUGAGAUAGGACAUGGAAGCAUUCUUAUUCGACAUCCGAGCUCUAUAGCUAGGGAAGAGGAAUCUGAAGCUAGCUCUCUUUCAGUUGAGAACAAAAGACACCCACGAAACGAGGCUUAUUCACAUUUUGCAGCCCUCCCCAUUGAUAUAUCUAAGAAAAAGGGUACUAACUUUUCAAGUCUGGGGAUCGAAAAAUGCAAGAAACAUAAUGGACAAGGGCUGCAACAUAUGCAGAUUAAAUGGGACAAGGCUCAGCAAGAAAAUUUACAGAUCCAUCAUAGUUCUCCACUUCUUAAUGUUGAUCUAAAGGAUGUUCUCAACUUCGAUCAGUUUUCCAGUAACCUGACGAAUGAAGAGCAGCAACAGUUGCUGAAGUAUCUCCCUUCUGUGGAUACUGCCAGACUUCCUGAUAGCCUUAAAAGCAUGUUUGCAAGCCCUCAAUUCAAGGAGAACAUAUCCUCCUUCCAGAAGCUGCAUGUGGAAGGGGUUUUUGAUCUUUCUUUGUCAGAGGUGAAGCCUGAAGACUGUAGGACGUUGAAGAGGCUUACAUUGGGCAAUUUGAGAAAGUCAAAGUGGGUGGAACAAUAUAAUCUGCUCAAGGACCGAAAAUGUAAUAGUAUUAAUGAAGGUUCGGUAGUUCAAUGUGGGCCUAAUGCAAUUGCAAAUGGUAAUUCAACCAAUGUAAAGAGAUUGCGUGAUGGUCAACUUCAAAAUUCUCCAGGAGCAAAAACAACAAUGAAGAUCCCGAAAAGGGUUACGAAGGGUAUCUAUGAACACAAGGAACUCGUAGACAAUGACAGCUGUUACAUCAGUCCAGGAAGUCUAUUUGCAUUGCCUCCUGAUAGUAGCUCCCUCAUGUUGGACUCUUUCCAGUUUAUGGAUGAGAGUUCAGAUCAAGAUCUGCUGCUGAAUGUGCCAUCCAACUGCUCAUUCCCCGAGGCGGAGCUCCUUCUCCCUGCUUCAAGCUUCCAUGCCCAAGCAAGCACUAGUAGUAGCUCAGUACAACCACAACUUAUUCGCCCCUGACGCUACUUUUUCCGCGUUAUUUAGGUACUUAACUGCUAAAAUUUGCUUGUUGGGGGUUAUUUAUUUUGAAUACUAACGAUUAUGUGAAUGAGGUCUGCUUUGAAGGUUGCAUUUUCUUUUUGUUGGCCUAUGUUGAUCUUGGGGUGCUAAGGGAUGAGCUUUUUGUAUAGGUUGCACCAGAUUGUAAUAUAUUUUGAAAUGCAGAAGAGGUGAAGUAAAUGUGUUUAUGUAUUCAGCUUAGUUGUUGACUUGCAAAAA